AUGGACUGCGCUCCAUUUUAUCGAACACUACAAAUGGAUUGGAGUGAAAAAAAACCAAAAGAUUCAUCAAUCACAAGCAGAAAUGAUAACAAACCGGAAGAAGAGUCAUCUCAGACUUCGUUAAAAUCAUUGCUGCACUUUACAGCAGACGACAGCCGAGAAUUCAUCUGCGGAUGGGGCGCCGCGGUGAUAAACGUCGGCGUGACGUAUCCUAUGAACAAAAUAAUCUUCCGGCAGAUCCUGGAAGGCGUUCAGGUAAACGCCGCAGUGAGGCAACUCUCGAAAGAGGGCAUAAGACUGCUGUACCGCGGAAUUUUGCCACCUCUCUGCCAGAAAACGCUGUCGCUCAGCAUAAUGUUCAGCGUCUAUGAAGGAAGCAAGUCGCGGAUCUACUUGCUAACUCACCAGCCAGUUCUGUCAAAGGUUUUAGCUGCCAACGUCGCUGGAGGCAUCGAAGCCAUCCUGAUGCCCCUCGAGCGGGUCCAAACUCUGCUCCAAGACUGGCGGUACCACACCAAGUUCAAAAACACUUCUCACGCUUUUAAGUACUUGCUACGCGAGUACGGAAUCUGCGAGUGCUACAGAGGACUGAUGCCAAUAAUAAUCAGGAACGGACUGUCCAACCUGACCUUCUUUUCUCUUAGAGACUUAUCCAAAGACUACGUCGGUAAUGAACACACGCUCUUUCACAACUUCCUCUGCGGCGCGUUGAUCGGCGGGUUCACCAGCACCGUUUUUUAUCCGAUGAAUAUCGUUAAAAUUCACAUGCAGACUAAAAUUGGCGGAGAUUUUGAUAAAAUUAUUGUAACACUUAAAGAUUUGUGGGUGAGGACGGGAAUGGUAGCUGUUAGUGAUGGCAAAAGUAAGCCAAUAUCUAUGCGACUUUACUUGUCUAUGGAAGUUUUAAAACUUCAGAGAGAAGAUUUAGAGUUGAUAAAUAAAUGUAAUCAGCAGGCAGUGAAUCACAACAAACCGCCGCUGGACUCUAAAGAACGCAUGAUCCAGAUAACUCGGCAAAAAGUUGGUGGUUUGGGGUUGAGCAUAAAAGGCGGUGCUGAGCACAAAUUACCGGUACUGAUAUCAAGAAUAUACAAAAAUCAAGCCGCUGAACAGUGUGGCCAGUUGUACGUCGGCGACGCUAUUAUCAAAGUAAAUGGAGAGUAUAUAACGGCAUGCAACCACGACGACGCUGUGAAUAUUUUACGCAAUGCUGGGGAUAUUGUUGUGCUUACUGUGAAGCAUUACCGCGCAGCAAAACCUUUUCUACAGAGAAAUGAAAAAGAAGAAAAGUUAGACAACGCAACUAACGGUGAAGUUGACGAAGAAUGGGAUUUACCUAACAAACGAUCUCUUAGUCCUAUAAGUGGUCACAGUAGACACGGCUCUAAUACAUCAGCUUGCUCGACGAAUUUCAAAAAAUGGAUCGACGUUCUUACUGUACCACUGAUGAUGGCUUACGUGACACGUUACAUAUUUGGUACGGAUAAGUUACGUCGCAAUGCGUUUGAAAUGAAACUUUACAAUCGUAACUUCGGGGUUGGUGAACGAAUUGAGUACAUGGGAUGGGUGAAUGAAGCCGUGAGUAACAGCAAUCAACCUUGGCAGAGUUACAGGCCAAGAUUUUUGGCACUCAAGGGUCCAGAUCUUCUUCUAUUCGAGACACCACCGUGCAAUAUUGGAGAUUGGUCUCGGUGCGCUCUGACGUUCAAAGUUUACCAAACAAUGUUCCGAGUAAUGCGAGAGUCGGAAAAUGUCGAUGAAAGACAGCACUGCUUUCUGGCGCAAAGUCCUGGAAAAGCGCCGAGGUACUUGAGCGUUGAAACCAGACAAGAAUUAUUAAGGGUUGAAGCUGCGUGGCACACUGCUUCCAAGACGUUUUUAGUGACAUAUAAUGGCAGAAGCGCAGGCUUAACAUUAGAUUGGACACAAGGAUUUUCAUUAUCUUACGAGUGUAGCGGUGAAAUAAUAUGGAAAUUUAAAUUUUCACAAUUACGUGGCUCUAGUGAUGACGGUAAAAGUAGGCUUAAAUUACAUUUCCAAGAGCUGGACAGUAUUGCUAUUGAAACAAAGGAAUUAGAAUGUCCACAAUUGCAAAAUUUAUUAUUUUGCAUGCACGCAUUUUUAACUGCCAAAGUUGCGGCAGUCGAUCCGACAUUUUUGACCUCAACAACACCAUAA